GUUAAAUACACAGAAACCAGCAAAGAUUCGUGAACGACCAUUGCUGCACGCUGCCUGCAUUGUUGUAUUCUAGUCAUGAUUCGACUUUUGAUAUUUACCAUUGUAUUGACAGCGGUGGUGUCCCAGAGAUUUAAGAAGAUAUAUACUCCCACUAGGGACUUACGAUUCAGAAAGUUAGCCACAUAUAGAGCUCUGAAGCAACUUCCGUUUGCAGGCUUACAGUCUACAAGAAGACAAACUGACUUCCGUUUCGACAAGGUCGGGGAGUGCCCUCGUUACACGAACAGAAGAUCAUGUGUUAACGAAUUUUUCUUCACGUUCUGUACCAGUGAUUACGACUGUUCUGGCCAACAGAAGUGUUGUAUGUACGGCUGUGGAAGGGAGCGUCGAUGCACGGAGGCCGUCAACGUACCCAACGGCUGUAUGUAUAGGGGUGAAAAAUAUCCGGAAAUGUCCACCUUUCCGGCUCCAGACGGAUGCAACAAAUGUCGCUGUGAGGGAGGCCAAGUCACGUGUUCAAAGACUAAGUGUGUCGAAUGCAUCUAUGAAGGCAUUCCCUAUUCAUCACAAUAUAUGUUCAAAGCCAAGGAUGGCUGCAACCUGUGUCGAUGUCUUACCAACGGGGGUGUCCAAUGUACAAAGGAGGUCUGCAACAAGCAGGUGGAAGAGAAGCCCAGUCGGUGUACAGAGCCUCUAAAGCGAGGCUACUGCAGAGAUUCCAUUACCAGGUUCUGGUACAACCCCGAGCAACAGAAGUGCGAGUCCUUUGACUACAGCGGUUGCUAUGGAAACAGGAAUAACUUUGAGACUCUACAAGAUUGCAUGAUUGAGUGUCAGGCUGAAGGCUAAG